ACCAAACGUGGCUAACAGUGGGUGGACUUAAAAUUCCAGCGCAGUAAAGCAGUAAACCAGCUUUACUUUGUCUAAACCUAAGCCCAGCCUCUUCCCUUUUUCCUCUUUCUUCCCUUAUUAGUCUCAGGCCGCCCUUCUGGAGAAGCAGUUGAGCAAGCUGAUUCUUUCUUUUUUCCGGCAAUGGCGGACACAACCGCAGGAACUCCUUCCUUAUCCGAGCAAUAUUUAUUGAAGGACAAAGAGGAGAAGCCAGAUGUAGGUCCAAAACCUGUGGAAGUAAAAGAAGAUGUAAAACCAGAAACUAUUGUUUCUGUUGAUGCUGCUGUAGUGAAAGCUGAAGAAGAACCUGCAGCUGCUGCUGAAGAAAAAGCAGAAGAUACUGCUGGUGGAGGUGCUACUGAAGAAAGCACUAUAACUAAUCCUGCUGCUGAAAGCAGUAGUGAAGAUACUCCUGCUGUUGAUACCGAAAGCAGCGAAACCACUGAAGAGCAAAAUUCAACUGAACAGGAAGCCGCCGAGGAGACACCAAAGAUUAAGCUGGAGACAGCACCUGCUGAUUUCCGAUUCCCAACUACAAAUCAGACUAGGCACUGCUUUACCCGAUAUGUUGAGUAUCAUAGGUGCACAGCUGCCAAGGGAGAAGGUGCUCCAGAGUGUGACAAAUUUGCCAAAUUUUAUCGGUCCCUUUGUCCCGGUGAAUGGAUUGAUAGAUGGAAUGAGCAAAGGGAGAAUGGAACCUUUCCAGGCCCCCUGUAGAAGACCCUUGCACCGUUUAUUUUCUUCUGAAUCCAAGUUUCCACCACCAGAUGAAUUUCUUUAACGGAAAAGUAUAUUAUUCUUAGGGAAUGCCCUAUUUUAUUCAGUGAGUUAAUAAGAAAUUUUGGCUUGUCCAUCAGAACUAUAGCUCGGUCUGACUACAGAGAACGUUGUUGCUUUAACAUUUAUUGCUGAUCAUCUUUAAGAUGAAGCUUCUUUCUCCAUUUCCCCCCUGCUUUUACUGUUAAGAUUACUGGUUUGAGCCAGAAAGAAAACUGUUAGCAUUACUUCUUACAUAAUAAAGAUAUACUGCUUCUUAAAUAACUAA